AUGUCGUUGUUGCUGACAAAGGAAAAGGCAUUGUCACCGAUUAUGGAUGACAGUAAUGACGAGGAUGAUGAUGUGGUUCCAUCCUUACCUAGUAAAGGCCAACGAUUUCCUGUGAAAAAAAACUCCACUGUCGAUGUAAGACGUAGGUUAUUUCAAGAUGGAGAAAACAGCCAUACAGGAGGAGUUAAUCAAGACCAAAGUGAUGAUGACGAUGACGAUGAAAACAGUGAUUACGAACCAGAUCAAGGUCGUCGCUUUAGUAGAUGGGGAAGAUUUGAAGAGGCUCUGCAUCAAAUUCUUAAUGACUUCAGUACUGAACCAACUCUGUUUGGUUGUGAUGCUCCUCUAGUCUUCACAACUAACAAAGGAGAUGAAGCUGAGCUGCCUGAUGUUCCAUAUGAAGGAGACAACUUAUUUGUCGGUAGAGUCUUUAAAUCAAAUAAUGAUUGCAAAAUCAAAACAGCAGUUAAUGCUAUUAACAGAAGAUUCCACUUCCAUACCACUCGUUCAGCUCCAAACUUCAUGGUGAUGAACUGUAUAACACCUUCAUGCCAUUGGAGAGUUUACACCGUUUUAGUUGACGACAUAGGGAACUUCCAAAUCCGGCAAGCUACUCUCAAACACACCUGCUCUGUUGACGCAAGGCGGAACUAUUAUCGCCUAGCAACAACUCAAGUUAUUGGCGAAUUGAUGCAAAGUAAAUUCGUAGAUCCGAGUUUUGGGAGAUUCAGACUAUGGCCUUGCCGGUUGGGUGGGUCUCCGAAGUCUCAGUUUAUUCUCGGGUCACUGAAGCGUCAGUUUAUUGUCCAGUGGAGAUCCGGUCAGCCUAAUCUAUCCAAAUUCGUCAAUAGCUGCGGUGGCGUCGGAAUCCGGUGCUCGAAGCGCAUCUGCCUCUUCCACAGUGACGAGCUACCAAUGCAUCAAUUGGAAGUGAAUCUGAUCUUUACAUGUUGA